AUGUCGGAAAUUGAAGCUACAAGCGCUGGCGGGAUGGCAAUAGGCGGUGAUAAAAUGACGCCGGCUGCUGAAACUAUCACUUCGGUGAGCUCGACGCAGGUAUCGAUUGGCGCGAACGAGGCGGCUGGCUCUCCCAGCGACGGGGGAGAGUCUGGCGGGUAUAAAUUCCGGCGAGUGGCGUCCAAGAUGGUGGUUUCGUUUGGCUCGCAGGAUCCCGAGAAUCCUGUCAACUGGUCAGCGAGAAAGAAGUUGUUCAUUUUAACGUCGGGGGUCCUCGGGGUCCUGAAUAGCACCCUAGGGAGCUCCCUCCCCAGCGGUGCAGUGCCUUAUAUUGCGCGGGACUUUGGGAUUGAAGGCAAAGAGCAGCUGGCCCUCCCAAUAUCGAUGUUCCUUAUUGGUUACGUUGUUGGUCCGAUUAUAUGUGGCUCGUUAUCAGAAGCAUAUGGAAGGAAACCGGUUAUUGUCACCGGUUUCAUAGGAUUCAUGGCCUUCACGCUUGCAUGUGCGGUUUGCCAGAACUGGGCUUCACUUCUGGUGUUGAGACUUCUAGUUGGAGUCGUAGCAUCGGCUCCGGUGGCUGUUAUUGGCGGAGUAUUUGCGGAUAUACACGACGAACCAAGGGAGCGUGGUCGGGUGAUGGCAUACUAUAUGGCUGCGACAUGUGUUGGACCUGUUGCCGCGCCGUUUAUUAGUGGAUACGUUUCCGGUGUCACUUGGAGAUGGGCCUUUUGGGUAGGGCUUAUAUUUGCAGGAUUCUCGCUGCCUUUUGUGGUAUUCAUGCCUGAAACAUAUGCUCCGAUUUUAUUGAAGAAAAGGGCGAAAAAGCUGCGCAAGGAAACGGGGAAUAAUAAUAUUGUUGCGCCGUUUGAUCUCGAAAAGCGCGACCUGAAAGUUACUUUAACGGUGACUUUAACACGCCCGAUACGGAUGAUAAUCCAUGAAUCUAUUGUCCUGUUUAGCUGUUUGUAUCUUGCGUUGGUGUAUGCAAUCUUUUUCCUUUAUUUUCAGGCAUAUCCAGUGAUCUUUCAAGGAAUAUAUCACAUGUCCUCUGGGAAAUCUGGAUUAACGUAUCUCAUUAGAAUUUUCCUUUGGUGGGAUAGUAUUCUAUACAAAGCAAAGGCUCAAGGCGCAGCCUGGUCCGAACUCGAGGAAUAUAGACGUCUCCCACUCGCCUGCCUGGGGGGACCUUUAUAUGUUAUUGCCCUGUUCUGGCUGGGCUGGACCGCAAGACCAGAAAUCCACUGGGUUGUUCCAGCACUCUCAGGUAUACCAUUUGGCAUGGGAUUCAUGUUGAUCUUCAUGGCAAUUUUGAAUUAUCUGGCCGAUGCGUACGAAACCUUCUCCGCCAGCGCCCAGUCUGCGGCCAGCUGUACUCGAAGCAUCUUUGGUGCCGGUCUUCCUGUCGCUGCUGUCCCUAUGUUCAACGCGCUGGGCGCCAGCUGGGCGUGUAGCUUGCUGGCGUUUUUCAGUCUUGCAAUGUCAAUAGUGCCGUUUGCGUUCAUCAAGUAUGGAACGCGGAUCAGGGCGAAUAGUAAGUUUUGUCAGUAUCUGAAGGACCUGAAGGAGAAGCAAAGGAGAGAAGAGGAGGCAGAACAGAGAGGUGCGAGUGCAGUAGAUAGCGAAAAGGCUGCUGAUGGGUUGUCUUUGAAUGAAGUGGAUGAAAAGCUAUCUUGA